UUUGUCUCAUCGUAUAUUCUCCAAUCUCGUCGAUUUCUUUCCCCUUUUCUUCCACAAACCCUAAAACCCUAGGAAAUUCGAAGUCAAAGAGAAUCAAUCAAGAUGAGGAUCUUCAUCAAGACAUUGAAGAACAGCCAGUUCGAGAUACAAGUCAACCCCGACGACACUGUCGCCGAUGUGAAGAAGAAGAUAGAGAGUAGUCAAGGGAAGAGUUUGUACCCUUCAGAGGAGCAGAUGCUUAUUUACCAAGGGAAAGUUCUUAAUGAUAGUAGCACUAUUAAUGAUAACAACGUGGCCGAGGAUAAAUUUAUUGUCAUCAUGUUGAAAAAGAUGAAGGCAUCUUCAAGUGGAGCUUCAGCCGCUGCCACUACAGCACCAACCAGUCAGGCACCUGCUGGUUCUGUGUCUUCCACCCCUCCAGUUGCAGCCCCAGCCACACCGUUGGUUCAGCCUUCUACAAUCACCCUUCCUCCGACUGCCGCGUCUGCACCAUCUUCUGCAGUCGCUGCAGCCACUGAAACAGAUUCCUAUGGUCAGGCAGCAUCAAACCUUGUUGCAGGAAGCAACUUGGAACAAACUAUCCAACAUAUUCUUGACAUGGGCGGAGGAACUUGGGACAGGGAUACUGUUCUUCGUGCAUUACGUGCUGCAUAUAAUAAUCCUGAGAGAGCUGUUGAAUACUUAUAUUCUGGAAUUCCCGAGCAAGCAGAAGUUCCAUUAGCCCAGGUGCCUACGGGUGGUCAAACAACGAAUUCCCCAGUCCAAGCCCCACAAACAGCGCAACCUGUGCCUUCUAGCGGACCCAAUGCUAAUCCAUUGGAUCUCUUUCCUCAAGGUCUACCUAGCAUGGGCUCCAAUGCUGGUGCAGGCAACCUUGACUUUCUUCGUAACAAUCCACAGUUCCGGGCCCUACAGGCCAUGGUGCAGGCAAACCCUCAAGUUCUCCAGCCAAUGCUUCAGGAACUAGGCAAACAAAAUCCUCAAGUCAUGAGGCUUAUUCAGGAACAUCAAGAGGAAUUUCUUCGUUUAAUGAAUGAGUCAGGAGCAGAGGGGGGAGAGAGCAACCCUCUAAGCCAGCUAGCAGCUGCAAUGCCCCAAACUUUGACAGUGACUCCUGAGGAGCGUGAAGCAAUUGAACGACUUGAGGCCAUGGGAUUUGCUCGAGCUCUUGUACUGCAAGUUUUCUUUGCCUGCAACAAGAACGAAGAGAUGACAGCAAACUACCUUUUGGAUCAUAUGCAUGAGUUUGAGAACGACCAGUAGUUUGAGAAAGAAAAGCCUAAGAUCGACCGCCCCUUUGGCUCUCAUCCAGUUUUAAUUUGUCUUGUGGUGGUUAUUGUUCGAUAGAUAAUGGACUAAAAAGACCAAUCUCUUGCAGCAUAUGUUGAUCUAUAUGAUGUUUAUAAUGCUAUGUAUAAAACUCGGGAUCUUAGCACUUCAUAUUUUGAUUUUCGUUAUAUACAGAACGUCUUUUCUUAAGU